AUGGAAAUGGGCUUAAGAUUCCCGCUGACCCAAUUUGAGAAAGACAUUUUGAACUCUUACAACCUAUGCUUGGGUCAGCUCUCCCCAAACUCUUGGGGCGGCAUUUUGGCGGUUCAGGUAAUAUGUGAUAUCAUCGGCGUUAAGCCGACCCUCACACUCUGGCGCCAUUUGUAUAAGCUGUUUGAGAUGCCGGCCGGGGAUCACGGACCUGGUUGGUGGUGCUUCCAGGCUCGACGAGGCUACCGAACCGUUCUUGACCUACCCACUUCUCAAAAGGGGUUUCGCCGAGGAUUCGCCUUUGUCUACUAUGGGGGAGAAUGGGGCAUCCCGACCGUGCCUCCAUCUGCUGACCCAAAUCACUGCCUUAAUUUCAAAGUGCCUGAGCUAUCGGAGGAUGAAGCCGUGGCCGCUAUAUAUAUGCAGCUAGAGGCCAAAAUAGUGGAUGGCGGCGAAGUUUUUGUAGCGGGGAACUGGGUCCCGAGCUGUAAACUCUUUAAAGAUGAGCACUUCCUGGCGGCGUUUGGUCUAAGCCCGGCUUUUCCCAAGGAGGCUUCUCUAGCUUAUAUAAAAGAAACAGACCAGGACAUGACCGAACGACUGACCUCUGCUGCUCUGAAGGCUGCUAGGAUUAGGGCCGAGAUGAAGGCCAACAAGAUUAACAAGCCUUCCAAGCCAAAGGAUCCUUCCAACCCUAAGCCGAGGAAGCGCAAGGAACAAACCGAGGAGAGAGUGGAGAUGACGGAGAAGGCCUUGGCAAAGGCUCGAGCCGAGAAGGAGGCCUCGGCAAAGAAGGCAAGGCAAGAGCCUUCCGUGGAGGUGACUAGCCCUCGCCAGGCUUCGGGGGAUGACAAUACCCACAUCUCCCUCCACCCGGAGGACUUCGAGCCUGUGCGCAGUCCGAGCCACGCCCAGGGGACUUCGCAUACCGAGCAGACCUUGUCCGAGGCGCCGGUCCCCUUUACUGAAAUGUCCAAGACGGACAAAAGACAACGGAUUGCCAGUGCCUUGGAGAUACUGGUUACCCAAACCGACCGAGAUCAUAUCAACGCGGUAAAUGGGAGGAACGAGUCGAGCGAACUCUUUCGCUCCUGGAUGGACUUUUCCAUCCGGAUGACUAAAGUAGCUGAGGACCGGCUCGCCUUGGUGCAAGAGGUCCAGAGCUUGAAGGAGGCGGCUCGGUCGCACUUUGAUGAGCUCUAUCAGGCCAAGGAGGCCAAGCGUCUGGCCGAGCUUCGUUUGGAGGAGGCCAACAACAAAAUUGACAAGGGCGAGGCGACCUGGAAGCAGGAGAGGGAAGACUGGAAAGUGGAAAGGGCCAACCUUUCUCUUGCCAAAGAAAAUGCCGAGUCUGCCAAGGUUACGGCCGAAACCAAGCAAGCUCAGGCCGAGAAGAAAUUGGAGGAGGUCAAGCUCAAACUCUCUGCGGCCGAGGCCCAACUAAAGGAAGCUCAGGCGGCCGCUUCUCGUUCCCAGGAGGAGUGGUUCAAGACCUGGCAGAAGUCGGAUGACUGUACCGAGUUCUGCGCUGAGGUGGGCCAAUCCUCCCAUAAGAUGGGCGAGGACGAGGCGCUCUCCAAGCUCAGGGAAGCCUUGGCCGACUCCUGUCCUGAAGCUGACUGGAAUUCAGUCUGGUCUCGCUAUCAGGAGUUGUCUGAGGCCGAGGCAGCCGAGAUUAAAGCCAAAAUGGCUGAGGAGAUGAGCUCGGACAGUGAUACUGAUGAUGAUGAAGAAGAUGCUGCUAGCACCGAGCCACCUCCAACCGAGCAACCUGCUGCUGAGCAACCUGCCACCGGUCCUUCUUCUUAG